AUGGUUAUUAUCAUGUUCGAAGUAAGUCUUCAACAUAAUAUCAAUCAAUGUAAAGGCGGUGCUGAGGAGAUGAAAGAGCUUCACAAGACACUGUUGGAUGGAUAUGACCCGACAGUUCGUCCAAGCAGUAACUAUAGCAACCCAACUGUUGUAACAGUGCAGCUGCAUGUCUCCAUUGUCAUGGGAUUGGAUGCCCAGAAGCAGCUGAUAUUUCUACGAGCAUUUUUGAAAGUUAGGUGGGAUGACGAACUGUUACAGUGGGCACCCAAACAGUUCGGUGACAUUGACCGUAUGCUGUUGCCGCCAGCUCUCAUCCUCGCUAACGAACACGACACUCUCGGUAGUGAUGACAUGCUUGUCUCUGUUAGCUCUAAAGGACAUGUUUCAUGGGAACCGCCGUUUUAUCUAGAAGGCUCCUGUAAGAAAAGUGCAGAGGUGAUACCAUUUACAAUAAAUGCUGAGAUGAUGUGCCUCAACAAGCUUAGAGUGCCGAAUGAACCUGUUGUAAUGAAGUACAUGGUGACCAAUGGAGAGUACGAAAUAUCGUCUGAUGGUGCCAGUAAAGAGGUGCAGAUAUAUGAUACCGGAUGCUUUGACGCGCUGUCUUUCAAUAUCAGACUCGCACGGCGUUAUUUUUAUGUUUCUUUGAGUGUGCUGCUGCCAAUCAACUUACUGGCCGUGUUAAGCAUCGUGCCGUUUAUCUUACCGCCAGAAGAAUCUGAAAAAGUGGACUUCUCCAUGACUGUCAUGCUUGCAUUUGCUGUGAUUCUCACUGUCGUUGACGAGCAAGUACCCCAUACGUCGGACAAUGUUUGCAUCCUAGUUGUCCACAUUUCUUUACUGCUGAUCCUGUCCUUUCUGUCAGUAGUGGGGAAUGUACUUGUAGUCAGCCUCAGAAUCUGGGAUGAAACAGCAGACAAGGAGACCGCUAUAUCUCACAGCGUCCGUCACAAAAAACAUACAGAUGUCCCAGAAGAAAAUAUGACAAGCAUGUACAGCCAAAGAACUCAAGCUCUUACAGAGGUUGAUAAUGUUAGUUCACUUCCCUUUGACUCAACUAUGACUCUGGUCACGACAAGAAAAAGAUGCCAUAAUUUCUUCCAAGGGACUCGGGCAUCCAAAUUGAACACAGCAUUUGCAUUAUUUGCUUGUAUUUUAUUAAUUUUAAUAGAAGCUAUAAGUAAAAUAAUGUAUUCUUCGUAA